AACAUUUUUGAAAUAUGAAUAUAAAUAUUGAUUUCUCAGCACAUAACCACAUCGAAAAAAUGUGUUAUUUUAUCUUUAAAUUAUUUAAUGGCAAUAUCAAUUCUUCUACCCUCAGUUAAAUUGAUUUUCUAAUUCCUGUCCAUUUUGUCAUCCUCAUUUUUUUUAACAGAAAUGUCCAUUCAACCAAUUAUGCCUUCAGCGAAAUGAUAAUUUAUUUGUAUUCAACAGAGAUUUCUAUGAUAACUCGUGGCCUUGGUUUGAAGAGGUUCUAACUAAUACAUCUGGACAAAUUGAGUGUACUGAAUGAGAAAGGUCUCCCGCGAUCUAUUCAACUCCACUUAGGUUUCACCAUCGAUAAUCGAUAUUAUCGUAAUGUCGAUAUUUUCCUCUACUAAGCACUACAUUCUAUAUGAAACAGGCAAGAUCAGUAUAAUUUUCUUUCUAACGAUCAGAUUCAUAUAUAAUUUCUAUAGCUUUCCGAAAAUUACAGUUGUAAUUUUCAUUAUUAAAUUAAAAUAUUUAAAUAUCGAAGAAACGAUAUUGAUUGUUAGUAAUAUCGAAUAGAUACUGUCGAUAGAAAAAUACCUAAUACCAGGAGAAUAUAUCGAUAUUUCGAUAACAUUAUCUAACGAUGUAGCCGUCCCUAAUAUGGACAUAAGUCUCACAGAUUGUUGAUUCCGCAAAAAAAGACGCACUCACAAAAACUACAAUCGUCUCAAUCCAAACUUUUUAACUCUAGUUAAUUGGAAACAUUAAUUAGCAAUAUAAAAGGAAUGUUGUGUAUAUAAUGUGAAGCACACUUUAAGCUUUAACAUUUAAAUUUACAUAUAAAUAUAAUUUUAGUAUAAAUAUUUUGUUAUAGUAUAAGUAUUAUUAUUAUUAAAGAUUAUUUUUAAUAGUAAUUUCAGUUAGGUCCUUAAGUUCACGAAUUAUUUCAUUUUUAAAUUAAUAAAACAUUUUGCAUGAUGUUCACAGAAAAAUGAAGGCGAUAGGUCUAUGUUUGAUUUUAACUGUAUCAGUUAUAUAUGCUGGUCCCACCAGGGAGAAGAGGUCUUACGGCGGUAGUGGUGGGCAGAACUAUCCAAGUGGACAGCGGUACCCGAGUGGAGGCCAUGGAGGCUUAUCCGGAGGUCAUGGAUACCCGAGUGGUGGUCAAGGGCACCAGAGUGGAGGCCAGGGAGUACCCAAGUGGAGGUCAAGGAUACCCAAGUGGAGGUCAAGGAUACCCAAGUGGAGGUCAAGGAUACCCAAGUGGAGGUCAAGGAUACCCAAGUGGGGGACAUGGAUACCCAGGUCAACACCAACAAUACCCAGAGAGUGGGGUACCCUGGCCUAACGCUCAACACCCAGGACCUCGCAAUCUUGGACAGCAUGGACAUGGACAGCAAGGCUAUGGACAGCAUCAGGGACAUCAUGGCCAAGGAGGAUCAAAAUGGGGUCCUGAAUCAGUACGUUAUUAAUACACUUUCGGCCAGUAUUCAUUAUCAAUAAAUUACCGCACAACACUGAUUACUAUCAUUUAUGUGACCUCUUGUUAUGUUUUAUAAUAAA